AUUAAAUGUCACAAAAAACUAAGAGUAAAACGGAUACCUUACAAGUUGAAAUUUCUAAGAAGAGUAGAAGUAGAAGAUCUAGCACCUCUAGCACCACAAGCACCAAGUUACCAGAUGUACCCAGUAAACCUGAUGAAGUAGAGAAAAGAAAAAGUGGCGAAAAUAUGAUAAAUCCUGAAAAUAUGAAGGGAAGAAGGUCUGUAAACUGUAUAUCAAUGAACCUGGAUGGAAAACAUGCCUUGGUGGGAAACAUUCCGCAGUACAAGAUUAAUCAUAUUACAUCAUUUUUGGAUUCAGAACCCGAUAUUAUAUUUCUUCAGGAUAGUUUGAACGAAGAUGUUAUGAAGGAACUUCUUGCUAAAACUCCGAAUACUUAUGAUCUAGAAUUUCAGCAUAUUAAGAAGAAGAAGAAUUCGGAAGAAGACAUUUCACCUCUACCUCCGCUCACUGCUCUAGCCUGGGAUUCAUCAAAAUAUUUUGGCACCCCACUUCAGCUUACUGAUAGUCGAUUGGGUGACCUAGCAGCCUGGGUUGAAGCCAGUAACAUUACUGUCGUUAAGCUAGAUUCGAAGACAAAGAUUGGACCUUUUGAAGAUGUUUAUCCAUCGUUUAUUGCAAUCUCCUGGCACGGGAAGAGUUUUGAAACUCCUCUAAGGUAUUGUUUAUUGCAAUCUUCUGGCACGACAAGAGUUUUGAAACUCCUCUAAGGUAUUGUUU